AUGGAGCGCUCGGCUUUCCGUACCACAGUCACCGCUUCCUCCAGCACAGCUUCGCUCUCCACUGUGUCUUGGAGAGGAAACGCUGCCUUUGGACAAGCCAGCUGCAGACUGGAGGACCUUGUGCUGCUCUUGGCCAUUUCUCUCUUCCCUGACCAAGACCGUCCAGUGAGAAGUCACCUCGAGACAGACAGAAUAUGUGGCUAUGGGACUGCUCGCUGCCGAUGGAAAUGUAAGGCACAGGAACACAAGAUUGGAAAGUGCCCCAACACCUACGUUUGCUGUUUGAAAACAUGGAAACAAGAGUCGACUCCUCACCGAACACCAAGUUCUGAACCCAGUGCUGCUACCCACAAGAGUUGCCAGCAACAGAACCCCUGAGUCUUCCCUUCCUCAGCCCUGAAGCAAGGAGGUCCCCAGAAAGACCACGGACUCAGCCAUCAAAGGAGGUUGCUGAGCUGCAGCCCAGGUCACAGCAGGGGGGCAG